AUGUACCCGAAAACGCCACGAUCGAUUCCGAUGUCAUCCUCAUCUCAAAAGAGCCCGUUUAACGGCUUGGUCUCCUACGGCUACGAAAGUGAAGCGACCUUGCUGCCUAUUGUCCCUAUGUUAAUUGAAGCUAAUGGCCGAACCUGGACCGGUUAUGGAUUGCUGGAUCCUGGAAGCCAAAUCUCAAUGAUAACCAACGCGCUUGCAAACGAAUUGGGACUUCAAGGCGAGAAGGGAAUUUCAAGAAUCGGAACGUAUCACGGCCGCGACCCAACCGCAAACACAACAAAGGUGUCUUUCAGAAUCUCUUCUUUGGACAAAAGCAGUUCCUUCGAAAUCCCGAACUGUUACUCCGUUCCCGUCUUAAGAAUCAGAAACGAAAACGUUGACCUAAAGAAGUUGGUUAAGGAUUGGCCUCAUCUAGCCGGAUUAAAAGUUCCCACCCAAAAUUCCGUGUACGUUAACGUGUUGAUCAGCUCGUGUGAUAUGGCGCCGCAAGAGGUCCUGGAAAUCAAAAGGGAUCCGUUGAACGAGCGGGCCCCGCCGCCCCCACCCGACCAAGAUCUUGUGAAUGCAAUUGAUCGCUUUCUACUCACCGAGACUUACGAAGCCCGAGCAGGUGUCAAGGUACUGAUUAGCGACGAAGAAUUACGUGCGAACAAGAUCCUAAACGAAACGACGAAAUUCGUAGGCGAUCGAUACGAGUCGGGACUUCUCUGGAAAAACGAAGAGCCGAACCUGCCCGACAACAGUCAGUCUACACUAGCGCGCUCCCUCAAGCUAGAACGAAGACUCAUCGCCGACGAAAACCUUGGUAAAAGGUACUCCGCAGCAGUCAACGAGUAUAUCAGCCUUGGUCACGCCCGAAAACUCUCAGCUGAGGAGGUUAACUAUCAUCCAGCUGGCCGAACCUGGUUUCUGCCUCACCAUCCGGUGAUUCCGAAGAAACCUGAAAAAUGCCUCCCGGUCUUUUAUGCCUCCGCGUACUACAAGGGAAUGUCGCUGAACUCUGCCCUGCUGAAAGGACCCGACCUGCUAACCAACCUCAUUGGAGUGCUGAUACGUUUCCGACAACAUCCGAUAGCGUUGAGCGCGGAUAUUGUUAAAAUGUUCCACCAAGUAAGGGUGCGGCCAAAAGACGGGCCCACACUUCGCUUUUUCUAUCGUGACCCGGGUAUACAGGAACCACUUUCCGUUUACCAAAUGAACAUGCAACCCUUCGGCGCAGUUUGCUCUCCUGCAAUUUGUGCACACGUUCUACGUCAAGCAGCCGUAGACGGCGGGAUUGAUGCGGCCGACGUUACCAACCUAAUAAUCGACCAUUUUUACGUGGAUAAUUGGUUGACAUCAUUCCCAACUGCCAAAGAAGCUAUUCAGCACGCAAAAAGGGUGGCAGACGUUCUACUUCGAGGAGGAUUCGAGCUCGCCCAAUGGGGUUCAUCAUUUCCAAAAGUUCUGUUGUCGUUGCCUGGCAAUCCAGUCUCAUCCAUCAAUUGA